GGCAUCUCCACCUUCUGGGAGCCCAGCUGGUUCGCUUCAUCAUUUUGCACUUCCUCUUGCUACUAUAAAGGCUUCUACAUUAUACCUCCAACUUGGUUCAACCAGUCCAUCUUGGUUCCCUCAGUCUACUUAAUUCAUCGGGUUGACAGAUUCGUCAUCAUGCGCUUUUCAGUCCUCGCCAUCUUCGCCGCCGGCCCCCUUCUAGCUGUCGCCAAGGACUGCGCCGUCUUCUACAAGUGGUCUGGUACAAGCAACUUGGACGUGUGGCGGGAUCUCAAAGCCGUCUCUAUGUGCGAGGACAUUGGUGGAAACGUCGCCAACAACGAAGUCGGCAUCAAAAAUAGAGGCAGUGAGACCAACAAAUGCACCGUCUGCCGCGGCGCUCGGAGCUCGACUCGGGACUACGACCGCACUAUUACGCAGGGGAGUGCCAGCGUUCCUUACUCGGUUCGAUGCGGAUACUACCAGCAGGGCCAAUGCUACGAUAAGCUCUGAGGCAGAUCGCCAGUGUCGUGAAAGAAGCCUGGUGGGGAGGCAGGGGUUGUCUCUUAUGAAGCAAAGCUGAAGAAUGGUGCAAGGAAUGGAUUGUGUCGGGAUAAUCGUUACGGGUAUAGCUCUGGCUAUUGGAAUUGGUCGGUUUACCUCAGUCACCGAUUUUAUGGACUAGCUAGUUGCAACUGGUGUGGCUAUUUGAUAUAGAUGUUGGAGGCAGCUUUAGUAUAAAUAUUAAGAGGUUAGGGUG